UUGGAUGUGGGAUGUAUGGGAGAGGGAAGGGUGGAAUAAAAUGAAACUCAUCUUGUUCAUUCUUUUCCUUUUCUUUUCUUUUCUUUUUUAUCCCAGCCUUCUGAACAGUGACUCUAUUGCUGAGAAGAAGCAGAGGAAAUCCCUUUCCACAGAGUUCAAUUGGCACCAGCUCUACAAGUGUUUCUUCAGAAUCCUAUUGGAAAAUUUCUCCGUCAACAUGGCUGAGGACCAGAUAUUUUUCUGGAGUCGAGGAAAACUCCCCUACGGCCCUGGAUCAGAGUCACCAGUGUCUGUGCCACACCAAGAUACACUUGUGGAAAAGCCAGACUGUGACCAGGAAACGUGGCAUGUUCACUUCAGAACGUUUAUCAGCUCAGAGGAAUCCGACCCCGUCCAGGAUCUGAGGAGACUCCGUGAGCUCUGCCAUCUGUGGUUGAGGCCAGAUCUUCACACCAAGGAGCAGAUGAUGGACAAGCUUGUGCUGGAGCAGUUUAUGAUCUGCAUGCCGCUGGAGUGUCAGGUCUUAGUCAAGGAAACGGGGGUGCAGAAUUGCAAAGCCUUGGAGGACAUGCUAAGAAAUAAGCAGAAACCCAAGAAGUGUACCAUAGUCCGCAUACAAGGACAGGAGUUUCUUGUGCGAAGCUCAGAAGUUGAGAUGGUUGAAUCCGAGGCCAGUGACAUGAACGAUGAGAGAGACCAAUGCAGGGAGCCCCGAUCCCCUGUGAGUGAGAUACCUCCAGAGAACGGCCAGCAGAAAAAACGAGAGCUGCAUAUUCUGACAGGAGCCAAGGACCUGUCAAGGAGGCAGGACCAGAAAGAUCUCCUGCCAGAGACUUUUCCUGAAACAGGUGAAAUGGAGGGUCUGACAUCCAAGGAGAACUUGGAGAAAGACCUGAUGGAAGACACGGAAGAGACAAGAACCCAUCAAUCUCAAGAGCCGGAACAUCUGAAAGGUCCUGAGGGAGAAGUUUCUACUAAGAGCGGAUACAGAAAAGGUUCUCUGAGAGGUCUAAGAGGUUUCAAAAGGAAACAGGCCAACAGUCCCAGUUUCCAGGAAGUACAUCAAGAAGAAACCACAUCUUUGGACAAAGGAGAAUUCUCAGGACAACUUGGGUCCCCCUUCAUUGGUUCACCUAGCAUGGUGGGACCCAACAUUCUUCCUGAGGGAAAAGAAGCCCAGGCAUGGGCACCCUAUGAAUGUAGGGAAUGCAAGAAGAGAUUUCCUUAUCCAUCUCAGCUUACCCUUCACCAGAGGACACACACAGGAGAGAGACCUUUUCGAUGCAACACGUGUGACAAAGGGUUCAUGCAGUCUUCGGACCUGCGAGCUCAUGAGCGGAUCCACACAGGCAAGAAGCCAUACUGCUGUGAUCUCUGCCCCAAGAAGUUCACCCAUGACUCCACGCUGCGUGCUCACAAGAGGACCCACACCAAGGAGAAGCCUUUCCGAUGUGAGCACUGUGACAAAGCCUUCAGCCACAGAGGGAACCUCAAUGUUCACCGACGCACCCACUCUGGGCUCAAACCCUACGUGUGUCCCGAGUGUCACAGUGCCUUCUGUCAGCUGGGGACUUUCAAACGCCACCAGAAAACACAUUCCAAAUGA